UUCGGGACACGAGUUUCCCUGGGAAGGGGCGCGGCCCGAGACCUGGAGGGGUGGGCAGGGCUGGCCCGCGCCGACCCCCCAGGCCGCGAGCCGGGAGCCGAGCUUUGACCUUGGCUGCAGGGCGGGGGCGGGGCCCGGCCCCUGCGGGGCAGCCACCGCCCGCCAGAGGGGGCAGCGGCGACCAACUUGCUCAACUUGGCGGCGCGGGCUGAGGCGGCUCCGGCGCCUCCUCCUCUUCCCGGAGCCUCCUCCCUCGGCCCUCCUCUCCUCCGCCGUCGCCGCCGCCUCCGCCGCCGCCGGCCCGGUGCGCGCCCAGCCCAUUCCCGCAACCCUGCGCUGAGUCGCCGAGUCGCCGAGUCGCCGAGUCGCCGGACGGGACAGGACGGACCGAGCCCGGCGCGAUCCCCGGGCCCCGCCGCCGGCAUGGGCGCGCUGGCCCGGGCGCUGCUGCUGCCGCUGGUGGCCCAGUGGCUCCUGCACGCCGCCCCGGCGCUGGCCCCGGCACCCUUCACGCUGCCCCUCCAAGUGGCCACGGCCACUAGUCCCGGGGCUGCGCCCACUCCCGGGCCCGGGCCCCCCGCUCAACCCCGCGCCGACGGCCUGGCAUUGGCCCUGGAGCCUGCCGGGGGUGCGGCCAACUUCUUGGCCAUGGUUGACAACCUGCAGGGGGACUCUGGCCGCGGGUACUACCUGGAGCUGCUGAUCGGGACCCCCCCGCAGAAGCUGCAGAUUCUCGUUGACACUGGGAGCAGCAACUUCGCCGUGGCUGGCGCCCCGCAUUCUUACAUAGACUCCUACUUUGACACAGAGCGGUCCAGCACAUACCGUCCCAAGGGCUUUGAUGUCACCGUGAAGUACACGCAAGGGAGCUGGACCGGCCUGGUCGGGGAGGACCUGGUCACCAUCCCAAAAGGCUUCAACAGUUCUGUCCUCGUCAACAUCGCCACCAUCUUCGAGUCAGACAAUUUCUUUCUGCCUGGGAUCAAGUGGAAUGGGAUCCUCGGACUGGCUUACGCUGCCCUGGCCAAGCCGUCAAGCUCUCUGGAGACGUUCUUCGAUUCCCUCGUCGCUCAAGCAAAGAUCCCCAACGUGUUCUCCAUGCAGAUGUGCGGGGCGGGGUGGCCGGGAACCGGCGCCGGUACCAACGGAGGUAGUCUUGUCCUGGGUGGGAUUGAACCGAGUUUGUACAAAGGAGACAUCUGGUAUACCCCGAUUAAGGAGGAGUGGUACUAUCAGAUAGAAAUUCUGAAACUGGAAAUCGGAGGCCAGAGCCUUAAUCUGGACUGCAGAGAGUACAAUGCAGACAAGGCCAUCGUGGACAGCGGCACCACGCUGCUGCGCCUGCCCCAGAAGGUGUUCAGUGCGGUGGUGGAAGCCGUGGCCCGCAUGUCUCUGAUUCCAAAGUUCUCUGACGGUUUCUGGACCGGAUCCCAACUGGCAUGCUGGACGAAUUCCGACACACCUUGGUCUUACUUCCCUAAAAUCUCCAUCUACCUGAGAGCCGAGAACUCCAGCAGAUCCUUCCGCAUCACUAUCCUGCCUCAGCUUUACAUCCAGCCCAUGAUGGGGGCUGGCCUGAAUUACGAAUGCUACCGAUUCGGCAUUUCGCCUUCCUCGAACGCGCUGGUGAUCGGUGCUACCGUGAUGGAGGGCUUCUACGUGGUCUUCGACCGAGCUCGGAAGAGGGUGGGCUUUGCGGCCAGCCCCUGCGCGGAAAUCGCAGGCACGCCGGUGUCUGAAAUUGCUGGGCCCUUCUCAACAGACGACAUAGCCAGCAACUGCGUCCCUGCCCUGCCUUUGAACGAGCCCAUUUUGUGGAUUGUCUCCUACACCCUCAUGAGUGUGUGUGGGAUCAUCCUCCUCAUUCUAAUCGUCCUGCUGCUCGUCCCAGUCCGGUGCCAGCUGGGCACCCGCCACCCCGAGGCUGUCAACGACGAGUCCUCUCUGGUCCGGCAUCGCUGGAAAUGAAGAACAAAGCCUGAACUCGGGCAACCUUGAACUUGGCUAUGAAGACAAUUAAACUUCAAGUGCAGCAGGCCAGGGGUUGCCAGGCCAGGUUUCUUCCUCUGUCCAUUAGUCUUAAAUCUCUGUUCUGCUCCCAGAUGCCUUCCAGAAUUCACUGUAUUUUGAUUCUUGAUUUCGUAACUUCCUUCUUCCAAGAAAAAUGACAAUAAAUAACACCUCAUUCUAAACCAAAACAGAGUGAAUUGGGCUUCAGACUUUCUGCGACUGGUAUACCAAACCAUCUUGAUGUGCCUCCAGAUAGAAAGCAAGCCGUGGCCGCACUCCUGGCUCCCGUCUCCGGAGAAAUGAGUGCACGGCGCGUAGCACUCUCCGUAGUGCACGGCCGCCUUCCCGUAUCAAUUGCACUUAAUGGUAUUUUGCACCAGGUGUCAACCAGGGUCCAAACGGUCCAGGAAGGCUCCCGAGGUGGCCGCGGGGGAAGCAGCCUGCCCCUCCUGAAUCGGAAACUACAGCAGGCCCCCUUUCCGGGUCUUUCUGUGCCCUGAAUGGAGAUCAUCACCCCGUGGUCCUCACCAGCCUCUUCUGAAGGUGGAACGAACGCCUUUGCCCGCCGUGGUGGGGUGAGAAGGAAGCCCACCCUUUCGUCCUCGAUGCUUCUGUAAUAUUGUUGGUAUACAAGUUUUAAAAAACUACCUCUGUUGAGACUCCGCCCAGGGUCCUCACCCAGGUAGGGGUGCGGGGGCCCAUUCCAGCCGUUGCCCACUCCUGAAAGAGUCCUCCUUCCACCCAGGCAGAUGAAAGUGGUGCUGUGCCGCACGUCCCUCGAGGACUUCUGUCACCAAGCUGGUCUUUAGCUCAAAUCCGUCUCUUACUCGAAAUCAGUAAACAGCGCUUCCGUGAGAAAAGCCAAUUCUAUUUCACUAGCUUUGUUCCUUCUUCCAGCUCUUCUUUGGUUAUUACCCUUUAGAGAAGCAGAGAAAGGGCUAAGCGGCCGUGCACCCGACCAGCUCUCAGGGGAAGGAAGACGCGAGACAUCCGAAGGACUGGGAGGGACCGUCUCAUUAUUCCCGUGCUUUCAAACUGUGUGUCUGCACUUGCAGAACGGCCCAGACUCGAGCACACCCAUGACAAUCAGCUUGAACAGACCGGUCACGCCAUGGCCUACUCGCUCCCUCCCUUUGGUGCGCUCAUCCUGGGUGCCUGUUGGGUGUCUUUACUUGGGGAAAUCUUCUCUUGCUCUUAUUUGAGGCCUUUGCCAAAGACAAGCAGAAACCUGUAACUCGAUAUAAUUCGCCUUAUACGAUCCGAUGUAAUUAGGAGAAGGGUUCAAAGCCAGCACCUUUCUCUCUUGUUCGUGUGCCAAGUUCAAUGUUCACUUUGCUUCGCUAUUGCGAGGAGUUGCAUCUGUAAUAAAAUUCCACUGGAAGGGCUAACUGUGGAGUCUCUCCUCCAGCUGGAGCGUUAUUAGUGUUCACCUUGGGCCCCACGUGGAUGUCUCAGCCCUCCACCUUGCUCACUGGACCCCAGGGCCACCUCCAUCUUGAGAAAUAGAUGACAGGGGCAAAGAGGUGUGAGGUCACUCCCACAUGUCCUGGUGUCCUCACAGACUGUCUGGCUCUCACGGGCCCCUCUGGAGAAGAGCCCGAAUUCCCUGUGUUACCCACUACGCAGUUCAAGUGUGGCGGGAAGGAGCCCCUCUCUGGAUGGGCUGCUGGGACAAAAUUUAUCAGAUGCUCCUCAUCACGGCCGGUCUAGGCUAGUGGAGAGGCACUAAUCUAAAAUCUACUCCGGAGUUAGAAAUCUCUGGAAUUGUAAUUCUCUUCUUGCCUUAUUGGCGUUUUCCCUGGCUGCUGUUUUGUGGGCCACUUUGCAUAGAAAUGAAGGCAGCCCCCCAUAGACAGGGCCUUCCCCUGGCUGUGAAAACUCUGAAGCCCCCGAAAUUAAAAAAAAAAAAACAGGAAAUUGUAGGCGUGGGCUGGUUAGUUUUGCUUCUCGUUUCUUCACGCAGGUGUCCUGUGUUUUGUUUCCCUUGCUGGGUUUCCAAGCCCAGAAUAUUUCUGCCACAACCAGUCAGCAGACCCUAUUCCCACAACACAUGAUAAUCGCAAGUUAGGUUUCAAGCCAGGGUAUUUGAAUGAUGCUUGCUAUAAUUCUGUCUUUUGUUUCCGAUUCCUCUACCUUUUCCUCUCUGACGUCACUGAAUGUGACAUUUUAAUGGGAAUACUUAAAUUAAAAAAGUAUAAUUUAGCAACAAGAAUGAAACAGACAAUUAAAUGUGGGACAUUUUCCCCCCGGAAUGCCUUGCUGCUGAAACUGGGAUUUGGAGUCAAAACCGUGUUAGAGCCGCCCACCUUCUGGAGGUAUGUAAACUGAGACUUAGUUGUUGGGGGGGGUGCUUCAGGGAGGCUUGCGAGUUCAACAGGAGAGGGAGCAGAAGCAGCCAUUGAGGGCGUCAUCCUGGAAGACGUUUGUGUCUUGAAGACUAUGACUUAGCAUGAGGUUGCUGUCAAACCCUGUCAGCUCUCUGAUGGAUGAGGGAGGCUCCUACACAAACACACAUAAGCAAUACUUUUUAAAACCUGGUGAUGCUUUAUAUUUCUGUUAAGGUAUUUGGAAACCUCAAAUGCAAUACUGACUUCAGCAUCUGAAACUGUUUAUGAAAAAGAACAAGAAGCGGGUUAGGGAAUGACCGGUUUGUUGUUUGCUUUUUUUCCUUUGGAAAUUUAAAAGCACCACCAAGUGAUGGAUCGAGCAGGUCGUUUGCUAUUUCCAAAGCACGAUUUUGUAUUUCUUCUCCCAAAACAAGUAGGGAGCGUGGGACAGCAGGGGACCUUUGCUGAACUCAGUCCACAACCUGCCAUGCGGAAGGAUUUUACCUGACGCAGCGUGACGUGCAGCGUCGUGGUUGGAGGUCAAUGUGGGGUUAAUCACAGUUCGAAAUGAUGAACAUAUAUCCCAGCAGCAUCAUUCACUCCGCAGACCUGUGGAUCAUAGAUUUUGCCAAGCAAUUGUGAUGAGGGGGUUGCAGUGUCUCACUUAAGAGGCGAGGCAGGAGCGUUUCAUUAUUCAAUAGGUUCCCUGAGAGAAUGAAAAUUUGUUAAUUUCCCCUUUCGGGUCCCCCACGUGGUAGAGCUGCCAAGGAUGGUUCCGUUCCAAGUGCUGGCCUUGUGCCACUCAAUGUCACGGGGAAUAAACGGCUGCCCCACAGCCUGCUUCAUCAACGACAAUAAUCUAGUUUCACAGGCUUCGUCCUGAUUAGUGGAAACCAGAUCACCUCGCAGGACCCCAGCUGUGUUUUCAACUCCCGCAAACUUGUUAGGAUCGAUUACGGAACUGUUCAGAAUGCAAACUUGCCACUAAAAGUUCUUUUAUUUUUUUUUUAGGAAAAACACCCAAACACCAUAAAAAUGUAGAAAUAUGGUUUUGCCAAGAAAGAUACUAGAUAUUUAGUGCCAAGAAAACUGCACACAACAGAAGUUGUGUACAUUUCUGGUGAGUCCUGAGAAAUUCACAUUUGAACUGACAACUGUAUACCAAUUAAUCAGCACACAGGAAAAAUCCAUUUUGAGAGCAGGGAAGGAAAAUAAAAGUAUGUAACAAAACAAGUAGAAAUUGCUCUUUUGAGAAAGUAGCUUUAAUUCCAGGAAUCUACAGAUUUCUUUUACCUUGAAAGUUGUGGAAUCCAUUAGAGAUGGGAAUGAUUUCACACAGUUGCAAACCCCAGACUUCAGGAAUAUUCCAGACCCCAAGGGCAGCCCAGACAGCACUGCCCCAGCCAGUACCAGGCCUCACCCAAAGGUCCUCACCCUCCUGCAGCCCCCCUGGUGCUGUUCAGGGUCCACGCACCUCAGUGGGUGUCCCGAGUGACUCUAAUGAGCGCAAACUGUGCUUUUGGCCUGGAGCAAGUUCCCCUGGUGGGUGAGAUUGUCACCUUGGCCAUGGGAAGACAGCCUGAGGCCACGGUCAUCUGUGUUUGUGUGAGUGAGAGCCAAGCCAGGCCUGGUGGUGGCCUCAGUGUAUCUGCCAAACCUCUCAUCCCCUUAGUGACUGGCUUUACAUACAGGGUGGGGCAAAGGUAGGUUGACCAUCGAUCAUGUGGAAAAUGAGCCAGUAAUUAACAAAUAACAAUCCAAGAAUAAGCUCUUGUGUUUUUCGCGCUCCCAACUGGAAGCCUACUUUUGCCCCACCCUGUAUGAAUGUCUCGAGGGCAUCCAGUUUAACAGUGUUUUCUCACCUACCUCUGAGCUCACAAUCAGACAUUACACGCAGAUGGCCAGCGUUUCUACACCAUUGUACUGUGUGAUUUCACUGCAUGCUUGCUCUUAAGGAGUGCCAGUUAGCAACGGGGUGGGCCAAGAGGCACGGAAAGGAAGGCGUCCCAGGUAAAGCCUCCCAGGGCUUGUUGGGGGACCACUGCCGAAGCAGUGAUUCUGCAGGUGCCCAGUGAGCAUCUUGGGAUGCAGGAGAGAGGGUGAUAAAAUGUCUGUCCAGCCCCUAGAUAGCUGCUGGACCGAGUUGCCCGGGCCUGUGAAGCAGUGAUGGGAAGUGGGCAGCUCUCUUUGCAGGUGGAAAACUGUAGCAGGCCAGCUGGGUGGAGUCUAAAUUGUAGUCUCCACACAGGGGUACCCCACGCAUAUCGAUCUGAGUAGCAUAUGUGGCCAAAGCCGAUGUAUGAUUCUAUAGUCACCAAUCACCCAGAUUUAUCAAGUGGAUUUUGAGUCCGCCCAGCCCUGCUGUCCCGGUAUUGGUCACUAAAAGGAGGCCUGAAACCUUCGGAGACUAUUGUCUCCCCACCACUUGUGUUUUCCCACAGCAUCUCCUCCAUUUCAGUUGGAACUUCUGUAUUUUUAUUCAUGACGGAGGCCCAGGUCAGAAUGUCAUGAGAAGGCCAGUGUCCCCACCAGGCAGCAGGCCUUACUUGCCUCCCCCGUUAUGUGCUGCUUGUGCAGACGGCUCAAAUUUUGCUGAUGUCGCCACGGUUUCAGCCUGUGUCCUUGCACCCACUGAAGUCGAAUUCCACAUGAGCCUCACAUUGUUGAAGUGAACGCCUUCUGAAAGAAAGUUAAGGAAGCAUGAGAGGAUGAUCUUUUCACGACAGAGAAAAAAACGAUGCAGGUCAGCGAAGGAUCUAUUAUUCUGUAGUGAAAACCAUACAGAACAAACUUUCUUAACUUCAGUUCCUUAAACAGUGCCAUGUUCUCUGUUGCUGGUGGUGCCAACCUGGAAUUUUCUCCCACUUUCCUGACUGUAGGUGCCGUGUUCUAUCAGGGAGGCUGGAUAUUCUUAGUGUUGGAGAGAAUGCAUGAGACUCGUCAUGUAAUAAAAGCUGGGUUUUUGUAAUGUAAAAUAAUGCAUUUCCUACUAUUUCUGUUCAUUGGACAGUUAAAGAUACUUAAAGUUUAAAAUCACCUGUGUUCAGCCAUUCAAAGCAGCCACUCAUUUUUUUCUGAAGCUGGGGGACUUUGUUCCUGCGUGAACAGUGUUUCUUUGCUGGUGGAAGAGGGGCAAACUCGUGGUCUAAAAUAGACACUAGAGGGCGUGCUUUGCAAAAUGUAUUGUGUGUAUCUCAGACGAACAGGCUUAGAUGCACAAUUCUUAAGUGUAACUUAGAAAUGCUCAAGAUUAUUUUAUACCUCCCUUUUGGAAUUUCCUUCUAUUUUUAGUACACCGUGUUGAUUUAAAGUUGUGUUAAGACCCAAAGUUGGAGUUAAGAGGUAUUUGCUCCGUUUCAGAAGAGGCUCUGCAGACGCUGUUCAAACUGCGCACAUCAAAGAUGGACUUUUCUAAAAUCGUAUUUUUGUACUUACAUGUCCCACCCAUGUAAGAGUAAAAAAAAAGACUUUGGCUUGUUUGAAUAAAUAAUAUUCACAACGUG